AUGAGAUUUAGGCUACUAGCCGGUUGUGUCAAAGAUCUAGAUUCUCUGAUUGUUGUAUACAAACGGUGCAGAGUGCCUGCCGUGGAUCAAAUGGAGAGAAAAGCUUUCUUCGAUGCUGUCUGGGACAUGGCAGUUCGCCUUUUGGUGAUACAAGUCCAUGAUGAUCCGUUUUGGUACCCAGAAGGUCGGCGAACAAGCGACUGGACUCGCCUUUUUGUUGAGUUGAUCAACGAAGGCGUGAAUAUUCACAGAAUCUGCAACAUCCGGACUUACUAUCAGUUGAGUUUCUCUCGAUGGCCUGGAACUGUACUUUCUCAUCUCAUUCAUAGCUCGCCUUGCCACUAUGAAGUCGAGGCUGCCCUUUCACACUGGGUAAAGAUUUUGUUGGUAGCUGGAGUUGAUGUCGCCAGGUAUCUCCAACGCGAAGAACCUUAUUUUCAGCAAUUAAUCGAUCGGAUAGUCCCUUGGAACGAGACCAGGGCACGGGCUACAGUGGCAGGUAGAACAAAGAUUGAUGGGUUUGACAUCCCUCUGUUUUACCGAUAUGUCGACCCAGACAGCAAAGCAUAUGAAGUCAGAAUCGAGUUUAAAAACUUUGGCAAACGUUUCAAAGACAACAUUUGGCCCGAUCUCGGAGACUUGGCGAUAAUAGAGAACACGUCUUGUCGGCAGCAUGUUUUGUGGAAAUCUUGCGAGGUCUCUAUUUUCAAUGAAACGGAGUGGCCAUUUGUUUUCAACUUUGUGCGGGACUAUGAACCAAACAGGUGGGCCUUUUUUGCUUGCAGCCAUCGACAUACCGACGACAAUCCUCCUGCAAGUUUCCAAUACGCCCAGAAACUCAUGCAGGAGAGGUUCAACAGAAGGCAGCUGAAAAAACUCUAUCGAUCUGGGUAUCUCAAAAGAGAAAAACGGCCGUUGAAGAUACCAGGGGCUUGGCCAGAUUCCGCAUGGUAG